CUCUCUCUCUCUCUCUCUCUCUCUCUCUCUCUGAGUGUGUCUCUUCCUCGGUCCCUCUCUUUCUCACCUCCCUCUGCCUUCCCGGUGCAUAAAGUCUCCGCCGCUCCCGGAACUUGUUGGCAAUGCCUAUUUUUCAGCUUUCCCCCGCGUUCUCUAAACUAACUAUUUAAAGGUCUGCGAUCGCAAAUGGUUUGACUAAACGUAGGAUGGGACUUAAGUUGAACGGCAGAUACAUUUCACUGAUCCUCGCGGUGCAAAUAGCGUACCUGGUGCAGGCCGUGAGAGCAGCAGGCAAGUGCGAUGCAGUCUUUAAGGGCUUUUCGGACUGUUUGCUCAAGCUGGGCGACAACAUGGCCACCUACCCACAGGGCCUGGACGACAAGACAAACAUCAAGACCGUGUGCACAUACUGGGAGGAUUUCCACAGCUGCACGGUCACAGCCCUUACGGAUUGCCAGGAAGGGGCGAAAGAUAUGUGGGAUAAACUGAGAAAAGAAUCCAAAAACCUCAACAUCCAAGGCAGCUUAUUCGAACUCUGCGGCAGCGGCAAUGGGGCGGCGGGGCCGCUGCUCCCGGCGGUGCCCCUGCUCCUGGCGUCUCUCUCGGCAGCUUUAGCGACCUGGCUUCCCUUCUGAGCGCGGCCUGCUUCCCCCCUCCGCGCGCGCCCACACUCACUCCAUGCUCCCGAAACCGAGAGGAAGAUCCAUUCGUUCUUUGGGGACGUUGUGAUUCUCUGUGAUGCUGAAAACACUCAUAUAGGAUUGUGGGAAAUCCUGGUUCUCUCUUUUUUUUUUUUUUAAUUUUUUGCUUGAUUUUUUUUUCUUUUUCUUUUUCGGGUGUGUUUUAUUUGCCAAAUGUUACCGAUCAGUGAUGAAGCAAGCACAGCCAAAACCGGACCUCAGCUUUAGUCCGUCUUCACGCAAAUCUAAGAAAACGGCAAACUUCACCCCCAUUUUUUAAUUUUCAUUUUUAUUUUGGCAAACGAAUCUCAGGAACGGCCCUGGGCCACCUACUUACUAUAUUAAUCAUGUUGAUAACACGAAAACGAUGGGCUCAUCCUAAUAGGAAAGCGAGGAGAGGACAAGGCCAGGGGGUGAAACCCAGAGAGGGUGUGCGGGCAGCGUCCGGUGAGAGCUCGUGCUCGCGUCUUUCUUCCACAGUACCUUGUUUCGAUCAUUUCCACAGCACAUUUCUCCUGGACAAAGCGAAAGGACACAUUGCUGGCUUGGCGAGUGAAGGACAGGAGGAAAGAAGGAAAGAGGUUGCGAGGGCUCUGAACGAGGCCAGUGAAGAAAUGCCGCGAAGUCACUGAGGGUUAGCUUUACCUGCUGUUGUCGACGCAUCUUUCAAAUCCACUGCCUUUAUUUCCCUCCUCUCUCCUGUUUUAGAUGUUACACAUACAGUAAUACCCGAGUAUCCAACGGUAUAGCUCACAAGGGGGGAUGUUAAAUGUUAGUCUAAAAUAUAGUUCAAAAGAUUUUGACAUAAAAGAGCCUUGAUUUUAAAAAGAGAGAGAGAUGUAAUUUAAAAAGUUUAUUAUAAAUU